ACAUAUCGGCAUAGAGGGCUUCGUCGCCAGUUAAUUGAUUCGUUGCGGGAAAAGGGUAUCCAUCAAGAAGAUAUUUUGGCUGCUUUUAAUGCCAUUCCGCGCCAUUUUUUCUUGGAUAAGGCUUUUGAAGAAUGGGCUUAUCAAGAUAAAGCCUUUCCUAUCGGCUACGAUCAAACGAUUUCGCAGCCAUAUACAGUAGCUUAUCAAACUGCGCUACUUAAGGUUGAGCCGAAAGAUAAGGUUUUAGAAAUUGGGACUGGGUCCGGUUAUCAAGCGGCAGUGUUGGCAUAUCUGGGCGCAAAAGUAUUUACUUUGGAGCGUCAGGAGGCUUUAUACGAAAAAUCGCGCCAAUUAUUGGCUAAGUUAGGAUUUGCCAAUGUGCGUGUUGUCUGGAAAGAUGGCUAUGAAGGCUUGGAGGAUCAAGCACCUUUUGAUAAAAUAUUGGUUACUGCUGGCGCGACCGAAAAACCUCAAGUGUUGUUGAAUCAGCUUAAAAUUGGUGGUUACAUGGUUAUUCCGAUUGGAAAUGCUAAAGUGCAGCAGAUGUAUCGUAUCACUCGUUUGAGCGAAAUAGACUUUGAAGAUGAAAUUUUUGAUGACUUUGAACGAGUGGAUUGGAUUUUAAAACAAUCAGUCGAUAUUUUUGUGCUCGAACUUGGUGGAAAUGAUGCCUUACGAGGUAUAAAACCUGAAGAAUCAUAUAAAAAUUUGCAAAGCAUUAUUGAUAAAGUGAGAACAAAAUAUCCACAGGCUAAAAUUAUAUUAGCAGGUAUGCAGGCACCGCCUAAUAUGGGUGUAGCAUUUACCAAAGCAUUUAGGGAAAUAUAUCCAAAAUUAGCGAAAGAAAAUAAUAUCGCGCUGAUUCCUUUUUUGCUGGAAGGCGUGGGCGGUAUCUCAAAACUAAACUUGCCCGACGGGAUUCACCCAACGCCACAAGGACACAAAAUAGUGGCAGAA